CCACCGUGACAGUGCAAGUUGUCCUGCCUGCGUUUUGUUAUUGAAAGACGAUGAUCUUUAAAUCAGGAUUAAGUCCAGUAUGUAAAACACUCUUUAGUCGGCGCCCGAUUUAUUGCCCUGAUUGAAAUCAAGGGGAAAUGCAAAUGUUUCAGUAAAAUCCCCUUCCUCUUGCGUGUCGGGUCAUUUGAAUAAUACAUGCAUUGUGACGCGUUUUAUUAUGUAGGUGCUCUACGCCAGAAGAAACUACGUAUGAUUCAAAAUCCCAUUUACUUAAAUUAAGAGAGAGCAUUUAAACUGGUAAUGGAUUAAUAAUACACUUUAACCGCAUCUCUGAGCUGCAGCUGAUGUUGGAGGAGAGGAAUAGGGAACUCAUGUACUCUAUUGGCUCUGCCUCAGUGUAUAACUGCGCGUAUGUGUGUGUGUGUGAGUGUGUGUGUGUGUGUGUACAGCAUGAGUCACCCUGGCCGCCUGUGAUUGGCCGGUAGUUUAUGGGCGAGGGAGGGGAAAGAGAGCGUUAGGGGCCGUCUGUCAAUCUCCGCUCUGCUCCAUUCACACAUUCAUCUGCAUGCACCAUCACAGAGAUAACGGAAGUGAGUGAGAGUCUCUCAUUCAUAAAAAAAAAAAAAAGGAAAGGGGGGAAAAAAAGAAAGUUCAUUCAUAAAAGCUGCGUCGUUCUGCCGUGCCUCAGGAAGGCAAAACAAAAAAAAAAAAAAGGAGACAGAAGGGAGGAAAGUUGGAGGUGAAGCAGAGCUGGAAGCCUGGCGACUGGCUGAGAAAGUGUACGGGUCAGUAGGAUGGGACUGUCCUCAGCGUGACUACAGCGGAGCAGUCUGGACUUUAGACCACACAGGACAACCCCGGUCACACGCUGCUCCCUUAUUAUGAGAGAGGAAACCUUACCCAGUUUCAAAACAGGACUCCUACCAGGCAGCAUGCUGAAACGCACCAAAUACAGUCGUCUGCGCAACGACUCGCUGACAUCACUUGAGGAUCAUCCCCAACGAAAGCUGCCCCUGAAGAGAGAGCUUUGCCUCGACUCCGACUCCGCUCAGCUGGAUCCCGGGACGUCCACCUUGAGGGACGUCAUCCCCCGCGUGGCCAACAUCCGACUGCAGCGUCCCGUUUCCCUGCAAGCCCUGACGGGGCAGGCGAGCGCGACGGCUCGGGACAGGGCCGUUCACGGCGGACACUCCACCGUCAGACCCUCGUCCAGAGCGGAGUGGGGUUCGGGGUGCAACGACAGAUUCUGCAGCCGCCAUUCCCCCAACGUGUCCCCGUCUGCCGCCGUCCACCAGAACCCGAUUCACCCGGCUCUGCUAUGCACAAAGAGGCCCAUCACCUUGCACCGGAUGGCGAGCCUCCCCUGGACGCCGGGGUGUCCCCCUUGCCCGCGACACAGAGACGGCUUGUGCUGUCUGACCGCUUCCUCCGCAGUAGAUGUGUGUGCGGCGGCAGGGACGGCAAACAGAGUGGUCCACCACGACAUCAAGUACAUCGGCAGCGUGGAGGUUACACAGUCCAUGAGAACGCUCAACUUUGAUACGAGAAUGCAAGUCACGAGAGAGGCAAUCAGCAGACUGUGUGAGAGGACAUCCGCCAAAACAGCAGUGAAAAAUAAAAGGUCUGUAUGCAAGGGACUGUCUGCUGUUCUGGGUCAAAUCAACCUGCAGUUUUCUGGGAGCAGGGUCAUCCUCGCUGUCUCCACAGACAGCGUGACGGUGAUCGCUGCCUCCACCUUACAGAAGAUUGCCCACCACCCCAUGCAGGCCAUUUCAUUUGCCUCUGGAGGAGACCCAGACAUGGCAGAUUACAUCGCUUAUGUUGCCAAGGACAACGUCAAUCAGAGAGCCUGUCACAUCCUGGAGUGUCCCCCGGGUCAAUCCAGUGAGGUUAUCGACAGCAUCGGUCAGGCCUUUGAGACUCGCUUCCGCCAGUUUCUCAGCCAGACACCUCCACUCCUCUCCACCUGCCCCAGGUCAGCGGUGAGACUGUGUCACGAGUGGUGUCCAGACGAGACGAUAACAGAUCAAAAGGCCAAACAGGAAGCUGAGGUCAGCGAACACCCGAACUACUACAACGUGAUCCCAGGAAAGACGCCGCCGCAUGGAGGAAUAGAGGACCAGAGGAUCACGAAGGAGGAAUGCAAAAAGGACGCAGACACGCAAAAGGUCUGUUUGUCUCAUCCUCUGUCGUUGUACGAGAACUGCUCCAUCACAGAAGAAUCUCCGGCUCCACCUGCAGGCUCAGUGCAGUCUGACAUCAGGCCUGAAGAAUGUACUCCUCUGUCUGAGACCCAGCAGGACCUGAUCCAAGAAGAAGGCUGGUUCCAUGGCAGGUUAGGAAGAGAGCAGGCCGAGUCGCUUCUCACCUGCAGCGGGGAUUUCCUGGUCAGAGAGAGCAGCUCUGCCUCUGGUCAGUACGUGCUGAGCGGCAUGGAGGGAGCCACCGUGCGGCACCUGCUGCUCGUCGAUCCGCACGGACAGGUGCGGACCCGUGACCAAGUGUUUCUGAGCGUCGGUCACCUGGUGCGAUUCCACAUGGAGAACCACAUGCCCAUCGUUUCUGGGAGCAGCGAGCUGAGUCUGAAGCAGCCGAUCCUGCAAACACACUAACACGCACACAUUCAUAGACUGUACACAUGAAUGUGCACACGAGACUUGUUUUCUUCUCUCUUUUUUUAAUUUUUAUUUUAUUUUAGUUUUUUUUGAGCUGAGGCACAAUUUUAAACCUUUUGACAAUUUUGUCUACCUGAAAGUCAACGCGCUGGACAUAAUUUCCAGUAAAUUUUACACAACAACGUGCUCGGACGACAUUGUAUUGUUUGGCCUUUACAGAACGUCUGCUGUUCACUGGAUGUAAUAAUUUGCUGUCACGUGAUUUUUUCGAAAAAUGAGUAAAUUUCCCCGUCACCCGUUGCGCGCA